CUCCUCUUUGUCCUCUUUGUCCGAAUCGGCCUCCGCAUCCGCGCACCACUCCGACCGACCGGCCGAGCGAACCAGCCACUCCAAAUCCCUGAAUGUCAUGCGGGGAAAGAAACACAACUCAGUGCCCCAAGCUCCACAGCGUCCAGCGACAGAGGUGAGUCUUAACACCAUGUUCCUCUGUCGGAACCAACCAAAAGGGCUACGCAAAAUAUUCCCAAAGUGCAUGUCAUGGACGCCGCUUGUUUCGCCGCCGGGCGGCGUUACAGGAGGAGUCGCCCCAAUAAAUUUCGCUUCUACCCAGAGCAGGAGGACUUGCUCUGGGAGGCGACAUCAACGCACAACGGAGAGAUCUCAGUCAAUACAUACAGCAGGCACGGCGCCAGGCCUGAAGCCGCCGUAUUCGGAACGUGUCGUCGACCUCGCCGUCGCAUUCUCGCAGCGGCCGCUCAAUGGCGGAGGCACGGCGAUGCACUAUACGGAUUACCCCGAUGUACGCCGUGAGCAGAGCAGGACCGACCGGCCGGAAGUCGGCGCGAUGACGAAACUCGCCAUCGCGGACGCGUAUGGACUGAGCAGGCGGGAUCUGCGCGUCUUCGACCAGCCUUCUGCAGGGGCGCCGCAUAUCCUGGUGCGACCGAGUUCGAUUCUGGUUCACCUGUUUGACCUGCGGGCGGUGGUGCGGUAUGACCACGUUCGGUUAUUUCAUAUCACGCAGGCGCAUGGCCAGGAGCCGGUUGCUGAGACUGAGCGCGCGAGGGCAAGUGGCAAUGACAAUGGCGAUGCCAAGAGCGAUUCCGACCACUGCGUGUCGCGCGUUUUCACGCACAUUAUGAAGGAGGGGACACGGAACGGGCAUCAUCAGCCUGGUGGGAUGGAGACGACACACUACGAGCUGUACGCCCUGGAUGUGGCGCUGUCUUCGGUGACAUCCGUUCUCGAAGCGGAGUAUCUCUUGACACAGCGCAAAGUCUCCGAGGCGCUGCAAAUGACCGAUGCAAGCACGCUCAGCGGCGAAGAAAGCACCAUGCACUCGGGCCUCCGCACAACCCUCGAACUCAAGCGCAAGCUCACGAGCAUCGAGCAGCGCGCCCGGCAGAUCCAAAGCAUGUCGCGGGAAAUCCUCAACGAGGACGAAGACAUGGCAAGCAUGUACCUAACCGACAAGCACGCCGGCAAGCCGCACGCGGUCCACGACCACCAGAGCGUCGAGUACCUCUUUGAAGCGUACUUCAAGGCCAGCGACACGAUCGCGGGGCAGGCGGCGAGCCUGAUCAGCCGGAUCCGACGGACAGAGGAGACGGUGCAGUAUACGCUGAGUGUGCGCCGGAACCAGAUCAUGGUGCUUGAAGCGAGGCUCGAGAUCCUCAUGCUGGCGCUCGCGGGGGCGACGCUGGUUGCGGGGUGGUACGGGAUGAAUCUAGUCAAUUAUUCCGAGAAGAGUCCGCAUGCGUUUUCUGUUGUGGUUCUUGUAUCUUGUGUUGCGGUUCUUGUGUCGUCGGGCUGGGGAAUGCGGAGGUUAUGGCGGAUUCGCACCGCGCAACUGCGGACCUGAGCCAUUGCUCUUGAUAUACCUUGCUCUCGAGGAGUUGGGGCCGGCCCCUGCAAUAUCACUGCGGUCUAAUAUCUGCUAGCAUAUAUUACUUGGAUUACAUAUAGACACAAAUACGAACGAGCCCUAGGGGCUUGACGCCUUACAAUGCUAGUUUAUUGAGGGACUUAAUAGUCAUGGUGAACGCAAUGUGGAUUCCCUAUAUACACCUCUCGAAGCUACCUGGCUAAGGAGGUACCAUAGCAUUCCAGCUAGCCAUACAAGACCACGAGACAGCUUAUGCCCAGCAUUCUCCUCAAUCCCAUGCACAACUCAAUCUCCUCAUCAAUCGCACAAUCUAAC